AUGUCGACUUCACGAGUUGUGGCUGUAGCUGGCGCUUCAGGCAACCUCGGGGCUAAAAUCACCGAGAUGUUGUUGCAGCCUCCGUUUCGCCAACGCUUUGCACAAGUCGUGAUUCUAGCACGAUCCUCUUCUACCGAAGUCAAAAGGCUGGCUUCCUUGGGUGCCGUCGUUCGACAAUAUUCCGACGACAACCUUGAAGACGCCCUGAAACAUGUCGACGUUUUGAUCAACACAAUCGGGCCAGCUGGUCACAAAUUCAAGGCCAAGCUGUUGCAAAGCCUCCCCAACAGUUCUGUCAAGCUCUAUUUUCCCUCCGAGUUUGGUGUCAACCACUACGUGCACGAUUUUGAGCACGAGGAGUGGGAUGCUAAAAAGGCUCACAUGCGCAUGGUCAGAGAGAUGGACCUCAAGGUUCAAGUUUGCAGGGUCUUUGCCGGGUUGUUUCUGGAAGACUCGAUUGGGCCAUGGUUUGGUUUCUUUACUCGGGAGUCGUCGUACCAGGCCAUCGGCGAUGCCACACAGCGAACCUCAUACACAAGCAUGUAUGACGUGGGCCGAGCGCUUGCCAUUCUCGCCUCAUCGGAAUACUCUGAGAUUCCAUCUGAAGUUCAGCUUAGCGGCGAUAACAAAUCCAUGACCGAGAUAGCGCGCAUCAUGGAGGAAAGCGGCGCAGACCCCAUCAAGAUUACAAGCCUGCCACUCGAGCCGUACAGGAAAGAGGUCAUGGCCAAGCCGACGCCUACACCGGAAAGAUAUCUGCGGUUUUUGAUGGGCCAGGGCAAAAUUGACCAUUCAGCUGAGGGUAUGGGCAACCAUAACUACUUAUUCGAGCGCGAUGACUUGCGAGUAAACUGGCAAACAUGUACAGAUCUAGCGCGAGAAUCUCGGGGUGUACCUUGGCGCGAUACUGAAUGGGUGCCGACCGCUAUAUAA